CAGUCACCAGCUGGGUGGUAACUGCUAUUUAAAAUUAAACUCUGCUUUUAUUUUAUUUUGGAACGGGUUCCCCCCUCCCCGUCACCACAAACCAAGACAUGGACCAGUGCUGGUACCACGGAACCAUCACCCGUUCAAGAGCUGAGGACCUGCUCUCUAAAAUUGGAAAGGAUGGUAGCUUCCUUGUCCGGGCCAGUGAGUCUAUCCCCUCUGCAUACGCCCUCUGUUUGCUGUAUCGGAACUGUGUAUAUACCUACAGGAUUCUACCAAAUAAAGAAAACAAGCUGGUUAUCCAGGCUUCCGAGGGUGUUCCAGUGCAGUAUUUCAACAAUUUGGAAGAACUAAUUGGGUUUUACAAGAAAGAAAAUAUGGGGCUGGUACGAAGCCUUAAAUUCCCAGUCCAGCAUGAAGAAGAAGAAACAACAGAUGAACUGGAAGAGGAUAUGGAUCAUGUGCCACCUACAUUACCUCCACGCAGUAUUUCAGUGCUGCCUCUGGUAAGUGAGGCAAAAGACGAUCUUUGCCCAAAUGAACAUGCACAGGUGGCAGAAGUCAGCAAACCAUCCCUUUCUGAGAUAUUGCUCCAGCGCUUACAGCACCAAGAUACCGGCAGUAUUCCAGAAGAGCACCUCAAACUCAUUCAGGAUUAUUUGCGAGUUCAUAUCACGAAUGACCUUGAAACAGUACAGCUAGGUUCUUGGAAUCUCCCUCAGCUAAAGAAACUCCUGGCAGCGCUCUGCAAAGGACUCCUCAGUGAGGUCUUGCGGACUCUUCCUUCUCUGGAGUCCCUACAGAUGGUGUUUGAGCAGCAGUUGCCCCCUGGUAUCCAUCGACAUUCUCAGCCAUCUUGUGAAGCCACCCGUACAAAACUGGUCCAGUUAGCAGGCUUGCUGGGUUCCAUUGAAGACAAGGUGAAAAAACUGUUGAUUGAAGGGCCUGACUCAACCCAUCGGCGUUCACUUAUCCCUCCUGUAACCUUUGAGGUGAAAGCAGAUUCUCUCGGGAUUUCUCCCAAAAUACAUCUUAAAGUUGAUGUCGAGAUGGGAAAACUCAUCAUUAAGAAAGCUAAGGAUGGCCCUGAAGACAAGUUCUAUACCCACAAGAAAAUCCUACAGCUCAUCAAAUCUCAGAAGUUCCCUAACAAGCUGGUGAUUACACUGGAGACUGAAAAAGAGAAAACCCAGAAAAAAGAAUAUGUAUUUGCUGACUCCAAGAAGAGAGAAGGCUUCUGCCAACUUCUACAACAAAUGAAGAAUAAGCAUUCUGAACAGCCAGAGCCUGACAUGAUCACCAUCUUCAUUGGGACUUGGAACAUGGGUGAUGCUCCUCCACCAAAGAAGAUCAGCUCCUGGUUCCUCUCCAAGGGGCAGGGUAAGACCCGUGAUGACACUGCUGACUACAUUCCACAUGAUAUGUAUGUGAUCGGCACACAGGAGGACUCCCUGGGAGAGAAAGAAUGGCAAGAGAUUUUAAGACAAUCCUUGCAGGAGAUUACCAGUAUCAGCUUCAAAGUGAUAGCAAUCCAUACUCUCUGGAAUAUAAGGAUUGUUGUCCUGGCCAAGCCAGAACAUGAGAAUCGCAUAAGUCACCUCUGCAUUGAUAAUGUGAAGACAGGAAUUGCAAACAGACUGGGCAACAAAGGAGCCGUUGGGGUGUCAUUCAUGUUUAAUGGAACAUCCUUUGGUUUUGUGAACAGCCAUUUGACUUCAGGGAGUGAAAAGAAACACAGGCGAAAUCAGAACUACACGAGUAUUCUGCGCUUUCUAUCACUGGGAGACAAGAAGUUGAGUCCAUUUAACAUCACUCACCGUUUUACUCAUCUCUUCUGGCUUGGAGAUCUGAACUACCGCUUAGAGUUACCCCCAACGGAAGCAGAGAAUAUCAUCCAGAAGAUUAAGCAGCAGCAAUACCCAGAGCUGCUGAAUUAUGACCAGCUCCUCAUAGAAAAGAAGGAUCAAAAGAUGUUUCUGCAGUUUGAUGAGGAAGAAAUAACAUUUGCCCCAACUUACCGCUUUGAAAGGAACACACGGGAGAAUUAUGUCUACACCAAGCAAAAAGCAACAGGGAUGAAAUACAAUUUGCCAUCCUGGUGUGAUCGAGUGCUCUGGAAAUCAUAUCCCUUGGUGCAUGUGGUGUGUCAGUCUUAUGGAUGCACCAGUGACAUCAUGACAAGUGAUCAUAGUCCAGUUUUUGCUACAUUUGAGGUUGCUGUCACAUCUCAGUUUGUCUCAAAGAAUGAUGAUAAGUACACAGACUCUCUGGGACAGAUUGAAUUCCUGCACUGCAGUGCUACCCUCAAGACAAAGUCUCAGACAAAAUUCUACAUUGAGUUCCACUCCAGCUGCUUAGAAAGCUUUGUAAAGAGCAAGGAGGGAGAAAAUGAGGAAGGAAAUGAAGGGGAACUGGUGGUCAAGUUUGUUGAAGCUCUUCCUAAGCUGACUCCAAUUAUUUCAGAUCCAGAGUACCUACUGGACCAACACAUCCUGAUCAGCAUUAAGUCAUCAGACAGCGAUGAAUCUUACGGUGAAGGCUGCAUUGCUCUUCAAAGUGGAGCUACAGAAUCCCAAGUCCCUAUCCAGACGGUGCUCACACACCAUGGCGAAAAGACGGGUACCUUCCAAGGGGAAUUCAAGCUACAAACAUCCCAAGGCAAACAGAGAGAAAAACUAUACGACUUUGUGAAAAUUGAUCGGGAUGAAACUGCUGGACAGAAACCAGUGAGGGGCUUGAGCUGCGUAGACCAUGUCAAAGAACGGGAGCAGGUGAAUAGGGGCACUUCUUCCAACAGGCAAUCCUCUCACUUGAUGGCCAAAGAAGCAGCAGCUAUGGCCCGCUAUCGAGGAACUACAACUUCUCUAGAUGAGCCGUGCAAAGAUGAUCUCCUGCGCAGUACUGUGACUACAGAUGUCAUCAAUCCGAGCUACUUCCGGAUGGCAGCUUCCUCUCAGCAAUUCUCUGCAACAGGCCAGCUUAAGCAGAUUCCUUCACCAGACCAACCACCUGCUUUCUGGAAUUAUGAGCCACAAGUGAAAGACAACGCUUCUCUGAUGGGAAUAGAGUCUCCCAGCACGCCUUCCACCCUGUCACCUGGGUCUCCUAGAGCACACACUCAGUCUACAACUCACCGAAAAGAUCAAGUAUACACUGAGGUGAGGAAAAGCAUGGUAGAACCAUUGCUACAAGAAGAUACAUACUCGAAACCAGAGAUGAUUGACAACCCACUGUACGACUUCACAAAAUCCAAGGACAAGCCACAGUCUAAGAGGGACCAGGAAUUCUUCAAGAUGUCCCGAAAAGAACUCCCGACUAUCCCGGAUCAGAGCUUCCCUUUCACCAAGUUAGGGGAGGCUGACGGAAGCAAAUCUUCUAGCAAGCAACAAUCUUCCCCACCUUUCCUAGUCCCCAUACAGAGAUUUCGUUCUUACACUUGUUCCAACCAACCAGAAGAAAAGACUGCACUCAGUGAAAAGACUCAGAGCAAGCAGAUGCCCUGUGCCCACUUAGACCCCAUGAUGCCAGCAUUCAAGAAACCCGUCAAAUUCUCAAGGUCUGAAGCAGGGCAGAGCAAACCUCCUCUUCCAUCAAAAAGCCAGGUAGUGCUUGACAUGCAGAACGUCAAAGUGCGAGAUUAUCGAGAAAGUUCAGAACUUCCACACCACAGAAAGCACCAAAACGAAGAUGGGCCUGUCGGCAGGACAACUGUGCCGUGAAUAGGAACUUCACAGAUGAGAUCGUUGGAAGAAUCCUGAAGCAUGGACAUUUCCCAGAGUUCAUGUUAAUAUCCUCUGGCCUGGUGCAUAAAGCCAUGGAUUUUUAAUGUUUUAAAAGAGUGGAUCUUCUAUAUAUCUCCUGAAAUACAAGUCUAAAAUUAAUCAAAACUUCAGAGACCAACAAAUGCCAUAAAGGUUAAAUGUUUAAGAUUUUACAUUGCAGCUUUGGUAAUUCCUUCAAGAGCAAGGAAGUUGUGAACAUUUGCAUUAUGAAAGGAACAGAUGUUGGGAAUGGGAAAUAACAGAGACUGGGUACACCCAAAGAAGGCUCUGUACACAUAGGUUGUCACUGUAGAUUCCUACAUUGCAGAUCUGAAUGGGGACGAUUCUUGCUCAGUAGGAACCAUCUAGAAAAUAGCCCAGCUUUAUUGAAUUUUUUUUCACUCAGUGGUGGAAUGAGAAACAAAGAGCAAUGAAAGCUCAGUUUUUGAGCAUGCACAAUGUUGUAAUUUUACCUAUUAACAGCAAAAAGACAGGAGGAAUAUGGAUUUUCUACACUUACAAAAGGGUGUCCCCUGGGACCACAGGUCUGUUGGUAGUAAUUGCCACUGGGGUUUUCCCACCCCCUCCAAUAACUUCUAGAUUUCUUUGAUAACAAGAAGUGAUAUAAAGGAGGCUGUGUCUCAAAAGGAUUUCUACGUGUCAGUGCCAGAAAGACCUUAAUUAUCUUAUUUGCCCUGCUGUAUUUGUUUAGUAAUGAGAGAGAAUGUGGAAAAUUGUUGAUCAUCUUCAGGUACAAAUGUGUAGAAAAACGACCACUGGUUAGUCAUUUAAAAUAACCAUGAGUUACUCAGUGCAGCCUUUUUAAAAGUCAAUCCCUUUGUAAAGCAGAGUGUCUUACAGGUUGUUUCAGUAGCACCCUUCUUAGAUUCAUGCUGACUUCAUUUACAUGACAUCAUCUAUAAUGUGUAGUUUCUAUUUUUGCAACCCUCUGUGACUCUUACAGACAGCUUUGCCAUAAAAUUGUGCAGUUCAUGAUGUCAUCUUUGCUGCUUUUCCAUGUUUGU